AUGCGUGGAGUGUGGUCGUGGUGUUUCUCGUUGGCAGUGUUUGUGGGCGUAUGUUUUCUGGUAGCGAGGCCCGUGAUAGCGGUGGUCGGCGGGGCGCCAGCGGCUGCCCCGGAGCCCGACGCAGCCGUCGUCUUCACUCAGUUGCACGGCAGAUCGGCGCGGAUCGAAGGCAUAAAAGACAAUCGUUUGGGAUAUUACUCCUUCUACGGAAUAAGAUAUGCGGAACCACCUGUCGGGCCCCGCCGGUUUCAGAGACCUGUGCGCCGUGACCUUGUUGGGGAGCUGAAUGCUACAAGUGCUUGCCAAAAAUGCCCGCAGCCCGAUCCCAACGCACCACAAAGAAUGAUAGGCCACGAAGACUGCCUCUGUUUAAACUUAUUCUCUCCGAAAAUGCCCGGUGAAGAACGAGGGAGCCCAGUCAUCUUUUUUAUUCAUGGAGGAAACUAUCGCACGGGAUCAGCCUCUCCGUAUGGUGGGAAACAUUUAACCCAAGAAGAUACAAUUCUAGUAGUUGCACAAUAUCGUUUGGGUUCGCUAGGGUUUAUCAGCAAUGGGCAAAAGGAAGCUUCCGGCAACGCUGCUCUGUUUGAUAUAUACGUUGCUUUGAACUGGGUCAAAGAUUACAUCCAAUUCUUCGGUGGAGAUCCAACGAGGAUAACUGUGAUGGGUCAAGGAUCUGGUGGUAGCGCUGCAUCUUUGAUGGCUUUGUCUUCGGAAGGCCGCAGCAGCGAUGGUGUUGUAGCUCUUUCUGGCACUGCUUUAUCACCGGGAGCUGUGCGUACUGAUCCUGCCAAACAUGCUCAGGAGCUAGCUAAGCGCACUGGCUGCCCUGAGACACCAGUCGAAAGACUAGUCCUUUGUUUAAAGAAGCUGCCGCCUGAACAAAUUAUAAAGGCGGACAAUGAAAUUAAUUCAGAUAUGGUAGACACGGAUAGGUUUUUGAAUGAAAUUUCUGGACGACAAGGAGCAGGAGCUCGUGUUGAGGGCGCAGAUGACCACCGCGGCUUGCCUACCCUAGUGAUGGAACCACCAGCAGUGACCUUGAAGAAGAAGAGGCAGACUUCACCGUUGCUGACCGGUGUCACUUCUGCCGAAACCGAGCGAGCUGUGUUUGGAAAAUAUUCGAAAUCUUUGACGAGUCAACUGCAGAAGAUCAAAGAUUUUAUAAAAAAAGAUAUAAUUGGUGGACUCAAGAAUGUAGUAAGUGCUGUAGAAGGCCUCAAAACCAUUGAGGGUGAACUCAAAAAAUUACCAAUUAUAGGUGACUUCGAAGAAUACUAUAACCGCUUGGCUCAGAAUGGAGGUGAUAUAGUCGAAGGCUUAGCAGCGAUAGCUGAGGUCACAGGGGACGCAUUGUUCAAUUUCCCGGCGUUCAAGAGCGUAAAGGAUUGGAGCCAAGCUGCGCCAGCGUACCUCUACAGCUUCGAAUUUAAUGGAAACCUCACCAAAGGCUCUCACUUCUUGCCGGGAGUAGCCCUUGCAGAGGAAUCAAGUGAAAUGGCAGUGAGCAAAGCAAAAAGACACGGGCCCGCUCACGGUGAUGACUUGGCUUAUAUAUUUGAUCCUCUGGACGAUAAUGGCAAUUCCGUGGAGGGGACAGUUUCCCAAAUGGACUCCCAUGUACGGAAGAAUUUCCUUGGAGUAAUUUCUCAAUUUGCUCACAAUUUGAAGUCCGAAAACAAAAACACAAACCAGUCAAAACCACUUUUUCCCUUCCUUAGAUCAAAAGAUACAUUGAUUAAAAUCACUGAUAACCUCAAGUCUGAAAAUUUGGAUCAGAGCUUUAGAUUCUGCCAGAUGGGCAUUUGGGGCAAUAUGGCUGAUCGGUUGUUAGGGUCGGUGUGUCAAAAUGAAAUCAAGAAGUUAUUGGAAUUAGUGCCCAUCCCAACAGAACUCAAUCCUGUUCCAAUAUUAUCACCAAUAUUAACAAACCUUUCACCAAAUCCUAAUUCGAUUCCGAACCAAAAACCAAAUAAUGUCCUGCCGAAUGUGUUUAAUUGGGGUUAA